UCAAUUAGGUUUUCAAUGGGGUUGCUUAUCUUUUUAUUAGUAAUCUUUUUAAAAUUUUGAUGAGCUUGUGAUUUCCCAUUUAUUUCAGAUUGACAUUAUCACAAUCUAUCAUGGAGUCGAACAAUGUUCAAAAGUCUCAGGUAUUAAUCCACCUUAUGCAAUAAUAAUUUGUCAUAUGUAUGUGAUUAAAGGAACUAAAUUCCUUGAUUUUCUUUUUAUUUUUUAAUCUUUGUAGAUGAUUCGUAAACGCAUGAUCAUUGGUGUUGUUACCGCUAUUAUUGCUUCUGUCCUUGCUUUCCUUAAUGUUAAAAAAUCUAGGACUAAAAGACCUAUAAUAGUUAGGCAACCUUAUGUUAAUAGGGAUAGCUUAAGGGAGGCUAAUAUCGAUAGUGUUUUAUAUUGUGGUGAUAGUCAUUGUCUUGGACAGAUUUGCAUGAGGCCUAGUGCUUUUUUUAGCUUCUGUAAUAUCUUGGUAGAAAGGGGACUUUUGUCUGAAAGCAAACAAAUGAGCGUUAAAGAGCAAGUACUUAUUUUUUAUAUACUUUUUGGGUCAUAAUGUAAGAUUAAGGGAUGUUGGGGGGAGAUUUUUCCGAUCUACUUGGACUAUACAUUGCUAUUUUCAUAUUGUGCUCCAAGCAAUCCUUCGGUUGUACCCAUAUUUAGUGAAUCCACCAGGAACUCAUAUGCAACGAGAAAUUCAGAACAAUCCUAGGUUUUUUCCUUGGUUUGAAGACUUCACAGGUGCUAUAGAUGGGACUCAUGUACGUGCAUCAGUUCCUAUUGAGAUGCAAGAGAGAUUUCGAGGAAGAAAGGAUAAGACAACACAAAAUGUACUAGCGGCCGUAGACUUUGAUCUAAAGUUUACUUAUGGGCUUGCUAGCUGGGAAGGUUCUGCCCACGACUCAAGGGUUUUGGGUGAUGCACUUAGAAAGGGAUUUAAGGUUCCCGAAGGUAAUAUUAAUCAUUUUUCUCUUGUUGAUAAUAGUGGUCUAAAUUUAACUUAAAUUGAUUAAAAUAUUGAUAAUAAUUUAUGGAUGUAGGGAAAUACUAUCUUGCUGACGCUGGGUAUGGGGACCGUAAAGGUUUUAUGCCUCCAUUUAGACGUGUUCGUUACCAUUUGAAGGAGUAUACUGACAAUCCUCCCGAGAAUGAACAAGAAUUAUUCAAUCUUCGCCAUUCUUCACUGAGGAUGUGUAUAGAGAGGGCGUUUGGGGUGUUAAAAAAGAGAUUUCGCAUCUUAGAUGCUGAGCCUUUUUGGUCAUAUGAAACCCAAGUGGAUGUGGUUCUUGCUUGUUGUGUGAUACAUAACUACCUAAGAGGUGUUGAUCCCAAUGAUGCAAUUACACGAGAGGCCGACUUGGAGGUUGAAACACAUGAAAUAAUGAAAUCGCUUACUUAAAAGGAAAUUCGUGAGGAAACCAAAGAGUGUGUGAAAAAACGAAAUUCUAUAGCAUUGGCCAUGUGGAAUGCAUAUAAGAAGCACCGAACUAAUUGAAGUUGUAGAAUGUUAUUUCUUAUUUAAUAGAUUGUAAACUAUUUUGAUAGACUCAUGGUUCAAGUGAACAUAUUACUACAUUGUCAGGAAAGGACACCGGCCAAAUAAUACUUUCAGGACUAGCUCCUUCAUUGUUGCUGCAAAGAUGAUUUCUGAAAAGUUUCACACCACAUGUACUGCUGACCAUGUUGAGAAUCAUACGAGGACAGUGAGAACUACUUGGGGAGUUAUCUCUCAAGUACGAGGAAGAUCUGGGUUUGGUUGGGAUGCUAAUGUAAAGAUGGUGAAUGCUUCACCAAAUGCUUAUGAAGCUUAUAUUCAGGACAUUGCAAGGGGAAUUUUUUCCAAGACGUUUGGUGACAUUCAAACUAAUUCAAGUGGGCAGCCAAGUACUAUUGAAGUCGAGCCUACUAAGUCAGACAGUGCAACUUCUUCGGAGCCUAGAUAUCAUAAGAAGAGAUGUCGAGCUGAAGAGGAAGAAGGUGACUUGCGUCACAUUUCUACACAACUAGGAGAAGUAGUUAGUGCUCUCAAGAAGUUUUCGGACAAUCAACUUGAUGUCGAAAAAUUGUAUGGGGAGAUCAUGAAAAUGGAUGAUGUUGAUGAAGCUGUUCGUGUUGCUGCGUUUGACCACCUAGUUGAGCGUGAAAUGCUAGCUAGGGCCUUCUUGACCAAGAGUGAAGCUCUUAGGAAGCUUUGGGUCCAAAAUUUCGUUAAAUCUCUACGUUAAUUUUUUAUUUCUUUUGUUCUACCAACUUUGUGAUAAUAAUUAUAUGUCGAUAUUGACAAGUUUUAAUCCUAGUAGCCUUUUAUUAUCGUGGUAAUUGUUAGGACUCUUGUUGAACUUUUAUAAAGUUUAUAAAAAAGACUAUUUGGUUUCUUUUGAUUAUUUUAUAUUAUUAUGUUUGAAGUAAAAUAUAGUAUAAUAUAUUGGGGAAGCUAAUAAUGAGUAAGAAAAUAUUUGAAAAUAAUAAAAGAAAAGAAAAGGAGUAAAAGAAAUGACAAGAGAAUACAAUAUGACGAGAGAAUACAAUUAGAAUUGAAGUUUUCCAUUAGUAAAUAAUUUUCAGUUCAACCAAAUAAUGGAAAAUGCUUAAAAUGGAAAAUCAUUUUCCAUUCAACCAAA